AUGGAUGAUCAUUCCGACGUCGAAUUGUUACGAGAGGAGGACGCGGGCGAGAUCGAGUUUAUCACGUACUCAGAGGAAGUUAUGGAAUCCCCACUCAGUAUCACCAUUCCAUCGACAGAGGAUGGAGCAUUAUCAACAAGUUGCAGCGACAGUUAUGACGACGACCAAAUCAGCAACGGAAGUGCAACCCCUUCAAUGUCAAUUCCAGCUUCAGUGGGGUCGUCACCGAUGAUCACCUCUCGAUCUCUCGGUUCACGAAGCUCUUUUGGUGAUUUUCCCAGCAAUUCAAGCUCAUUUUCACUGUCCAGUGACCAGGAACUCGUAAACUUAGCGUGCAUUUCUCUCAGACAAGCACCAAUUGAAGUCCAAGCGUUGAACCUCAGCACAAACACCAGAAAGCCCCGUCGUCCUCUCAAAAGUCUAAAAGCUUUAUCCGAAUUGACGAAUCUCAUUCAGCUGGACUUGUCGGGUAAUGCUAUUGAACGCCUGGAUGGAUUGCAAGUGCUCUCUCAAUUACAAAAACUUGCGAUACCACGCAAUCAUCUCAAGACUUUGUCGGCUCCACUAUUUGCUCUCAAAGGACUAACCCACUUGGAUCUAUCGGGGAAUUUCAUCGCUCAUUUGCCACGGGCUUUUUCUGGUUUGACGAUGCUGGAAGUGCUAAAUCUUUCGGGAAAUAACUUGGGUACUCUGCGUGAGGUGGAUGUAUUAGCCCCACUUGCCAAUUUGCUCUCGUGCAAUCUCGCAGCCAACCCAUUUUGUCGUCUACCAACGUAUAGAGACUACGUAAUCUGCAAGAUCCGAUCGUUGGAACGUCUAGAUGAUGUAGAGAUUUCACGAGUUGCUCGUGAUAGAGCGGCAAAGCGAUUCGGUAACGCCAUGUUUUCACAGGAUGCGUGUCUUCGUGAAGCAGGUCGAGUCCAUGAAGACGAACAGAGCCGAUUACUUGAGGCUCAAAGUGCAUUGGAAGCUGAGAAUCUUCGAUUGAAAGGCGAGCUGCAAGUCAAGUCUAAGCUUCUACAGAACAAGUCUCGAGCUUGGUCUACAGCUACUGAACAAUUGUUACAGCUGCAACAAGAGGUGGCUAUGCUUAAUCUUGAUCGUCGGCGGUCCACAUCCCCUCCUAAAAGUGAAGUUAGUGACCCAGAGCGGAUAGCAAUGGCGAUAGCAGCGCGGCAUAAAAUAAGUUACUCCACCCAGCGGCCACAGUCCGCUCCACGCAUUUCAUCACCCGAGAGGAGUGUCGAAAGAAGACGUGGUUCUUUUUCAGAUCGCGAUAGCCAGCUUAACAUAGGCCAAGAGACUGAAGAUAUGGACGAGUGUACAAUCGAGUCUCGAGACGCUGCGUGUAUGCCCAUGUCCCCAAUCGCUAAUGAAGUGCUGAAGCGCAGCAGCAAAAGCAAAAUGUUCGUAGAUGCCUCCUGCUCUCCGCUUCGUGUGAUUCCAAGUGUAACUAUCACUAGAGAGCAACAAAACGAAAAUGUUGAUGCUGAUAAAGACGAUGAUGAUGAAAGUGAAGAACGCCAAGAAGAAUACGAAGAUGUCUUAUCGCCUCCUUCAACUCCGAUGACUCGGCCCACCACCCCACCAACGAUACGGCAAUCACAUAAAAGUUCUCAAAGUCUUGAUCAAGUUCGGAAUGCACUGUUGGAAAUGAAUUCAAGUAUUGAUAACUCCCCACGACGUCCGAAAUCCGCGCCCUUGGAUUUUGGCUUAAAGGAAGAUGAGUCGUCUGGAACUAAUGAGCUCAAUGGUAGUCGGUUAUCGUGUUUCCCAACUAUUGAAGAUGACACAGCUUGUCCAGCAUACGAGGAUACUCAUUCUCCAACUUUGCACGUACGAUCUUCGUCUUCCAGUGCUCUUAGCAACAGAGGGAAGAAUUUGACCAUCAACGCUGCUCCCAACACGUAUUUCUCUGGUAGUCAUUCCCUGCCACCGUCUCCAUUAAAGUCUCCAUCCAAAAUGAGAGAAUGGUACCGCAAGCAAAAUGAACUGAGACUUAUGACUCCACCGCCUUUGCCGCCAAGGAAGAAUCCUUCACCUCAAUACAAACCACGUCGGCCUGCAGUAGAGGCUUCACCACUAACACCUUUCGUGGAUAAAGACGUACUGGUCCGGCAGAUUCAAGCUCUUCAAUCAUGCAAACAAUCGCUGCUAACAGAGAUCCGGAACGAGGAGCAUCUAUUGCAUGUACUGAAGCAAGAGAGUGCACAUUAUGCGGACCAGAUCGACUGUCUAAGUGUCAACAUCCAGGCGUGUCUCGAUGGUGAUCCCAGUGCCAUUCGCUUCUCCUUUUCUCCAUCUGGUUCACCCCUAAGUAAAAGCAAAAAGCUCCGAGACGAAGCAACUGGACGCGCACGACUGGAAAUUCUACGUAACAAACUACGGUUUGCUGAGGAUAAAGAGAAAGAGAUUGAGAAUACAAUGGUGCGUAUGACCAAGCGGGUGUUGCAGUCUGAUCUACAUUCUUCGGAAGGCAAAGACAAUAUUCGUGAAAAGUUUAGUCCAGUGGAGUCGUCAAGAAUCUCGGAUGUACCUUUUGAUAAGGAGAUUUUCGCACUAACUCACAAAUUGCAGCUAGUGAUCGUGGAGAAAGAAGAAAUUCACAUGCAAAUGAGUCAGUUAAUGGCUCAACUGCGUGGUCAAACCACUGCAGAACUCGAUCUGGGUGAGGAUGAAGAUGGAGGCAGCUUUAAGCAAGCACAGUCGCUAGCUAAAAGCCGACAAAUGGUGGAUGAACUGCGUACUCGACAUCGCGAGGUAACUGAUCGAAUUCAGCUCAAAGAGAGACGUAUCUCAUCAUUACUAGAAGAGCUCAAAGAAGUCGAGGCCGAGCUCAAGCAGAUCAGUUCGUUAAACGAAUCAUCAGCACUUAGUCCACUUUUUCAACGUGAACGUGCAGCCAGUCUCGAAUUCUUGCGAGUUAUGCUCCCUCAACGCGGAAAUGAAGGUUCAACUCUCGAUGUACAAGCACCGAAUAUCGUAAAUUUGACGGGGAAUCCUACCAGAGGGAGUGUCGAAACUCCGUCUACAUCCUCGUCAAUUGACGGUCAAAUAGCGUCACUGACGAAUGGAUUUACUGAGCUGGAUACUGAAGGAUUGCUACCCAAGAAUCUGCACUUUAAUGAGCUGCUGAACCCAGAGAUGCUGGAAGAGAUUAAAGCCGAUAUUUACGAGAAGUUGUCACAAAAACUGGCAACUUCAGCCGGAAGAUCUACUGAUGGGAUAGCUGGAAAUGGAAACCAAACGGACUUGCAUCAAGCGAUUGCCGCUGCAUUGGAAACACGUCUUCAAGUUGGGAUUAAAUCUAACACUACUCAACCAACACACGGCAGUGAUGUUCACGCUGAAUAUCAACUCGAAUGUUCACAACAAAAUUGUGAUGAAGACGGAGAAACGUCGGCAAACGAAGCAGCGGUUGAUACUCCUGUUGACGAGGUUUCCUGCGAUGACUUCGACGAGUUUGCGCGUGUGGAUGUGUACUAUACUCGGAAGUACGUGAUGGCCAAGGAUCGAGUGUCAGCUUUUCGUGACAGCGCCAGUAACGAUGCGAACUUAGCGGAUGUGACGAGUGCUCAGCGAAUCUUGAAGAUAUGUGAGCGUCUGGAAACUGCAGAAGCGAAGAGCAAAUUUGAUCCCGUUAGCCAGAUCGAAGUGGAUCGACACGGUAAUAGUCGAGGUUCGCUGAAAAUUGUGCUCCAGGCAGCUCGAGAUCUUCCCACGGCACAUUUGAGAACGAAAAAUCUGGAUCCGUAUGUGUGUCUGGAAGUGAUUUAUCCUUCCCAUGCUUUAUCUCCCUCUUUGAGUACCAACGGCAUGGUAGGGAGAGUUUUUCGUAGCCAGACCAAGAAGAAGAGCAUUUAUCCUGUCUGGGACGAAGAGUUCGAGAUAACUCCGAUUCUGUCCCUUAGUGGUUAUCUCCAUAUUCGCAUUCUAAACGACCGGAGACUGAGUCGCGAACAACUCGUAGGGGAAGCUCGUAUUCCGCUGCACACUUUAUUGCAUCAGAAGCGAGUCAUUGAGUGGUUUUCACUUGGUCUCAACGUCCCUCCAGAGUCGACGGGGUCAACUAAACCAGGGAAUGUUGUGUCUAAACUCUGCGGUGGUGCUGUCAGACUCCAACUCCAGUUGUAUUUCUCUAGUGUGGAGAGAUACAAGCACGUCGUGGAUGAAUUGGUGGCACGAUAUGUGCAUGACCACGGCAAACUGCCACUGUUUAUUGACGCGGUUGAGGACAGCGAGAAUGGAACAGAACAAGCCUUUUCCGACGAGCAGCCGGAGCAGAACGGUGUUGAGUCACCUUCGAUGGAAACGAAUAACGCAGAGUCGAUGAAAUUUGAUCAACGGCGGCAGCUGGACGUCGAAUCUCAUUUUCCUCUUGACGAGCUCGCGACUUCAUUGCCCUCACUACCGAGACUAAGCAGCAAAGCCAACAUUCUGUCGACAACGGAUAGCCAAGUGGGAGACAGCUGCGGUAUGACUCAAGUCUCGUCGACUCAGCUAUCAUCUGAACGACGAAAGUCACUGUGGGGGGCCAAACCUUUUGUAGCGAGUGAUCGUCCUGCAGCAGCGACAAUAGACGAUAAGAAACCAUAUUUUGGGUUCUCGACAGCUACUUCAGAGCGGAAAAAGCAGCCUCCUGCUUCACUGUCAAUUUCAAGUGGAGCUUCACGCCGUAGUCAGACACCUACUGCGCAAUCCAAGAAGAAAAGGAACGCCGAUACAUCAUUGCGGAGGCGGAGUGUUGAGACCCCCAAGUGCUUCGACAAGUACAGUCCAUACCAUCCGGCCUUUAAGAGUGCAGACUUGCUGGACGAAUGUAAUAAUGAAGUCGGAGGAAUGAAGAACGGUCGCAUCACAGCUCGAAGCUCGGACGUAAACCGCAAGACCGACCUGAGUAUCUUCAAGAGUCCAAGCUUGACUCGACGUCCGCCCAGUUCCGGCUUCCCUGAACGCUAUAUCGGCCUGGACAACCAAACCUGUGAGCGACUCAAGCGAAUCUUCGGGCGAAUGGACAGCACGCCAAGCAACUAG